AUGGCUGACUUGUUCAAUAAAUUCUUCGGUAGUGGGAGCACUCCGUCGCACGCGCCAGCAACCGAUGCCGACUUUGCCGACUUUGCUGAAGCCCCUGAUCCAUCUCCGGUAUCCAUAGCAUCAGAUCCAUCGAUACCAUCAGCCCCAUUUGCUACCGGUACCGCCAAACCUUUCACAAAAUGGUAUCGUGUAUGGGAACGCACGCAGGCGUCCGACUUCUAUCUGGAGAUGAUGAUUGCGCCAUUCAUCUUGCUUAUUUUGUUAUUUCACUUCUAUGGAAUACGGGUCAAUCGUCGGAAGGCAAAGAGCUGGGCAACGGCGCAUGCGCCUGUAAUGCAGCAAGAGUUCGCAGUGAUCGGAUUCGGUGAUACACGUAAGACCCCGAACAUUGACGAAGCUGCCUCCCAGGGCCUGGCAGGCAUGGCGUUUGAUAUGGUUGUACCAGAGCAGCUACUCAAAGAGAAGGCUGCAAACGAAUUUAUAACAUACGCGACUGGUCGCCAGAACGUGGCUUUUAUGGACGUCAAACUUACGUUUGUGAAGCGAUAUAAUCCUAUCUUGCGAUAUGGAGAGAUAGCUCUGGGUUUCUUCUUUGAGAGUUUGCCUGCUUCAGAAGAGCGCAUGGAAGUCUCGAUAUACAAUUUCGACGGCCGCGAGUCCAGUUUAGUACCCUCCGCGGAGAGUGUGAAGAAAUCCGGUAAUUCAACCUACGAUGGCUUCGUCUUCGCCGUCGUCCACAAGAAUCUGAUGAAGCGUCUACGCGACGAUCGCUACGACCUCUCCCUCACAACCACUAAGGAUAAUGCGAAGCUACCUACUUGGGCAACCGUUAUGAGUGAGAGCGCGGAAAUCACAGACACACUAUUGACCGCGGACUUGAUUAAAGCCAUUGAAACGGCCGGCGAAGAGAAUUUUGAAGCCAUCAUUAUCACAGACAUGCCAAUAGACCAACCGAAGAAGCUCGACGAGCUCGUGCCCAAGAAGCGCACUACUCUGUCCCUUCGAAUUCCUUCCAAUGAUAAAUACAGCGCCCACCUACCACUGUUUCAAUCUGCCAUCCGCAUAGUGGAUUCUCUAGUCUCAGGUGGUCGCUUCCGCGCCGAAGCCCUACGCCGUGUGAAGCAAACACGCGAAGACGAAAUGAAGAAGAUUCGUAAGAUUGACGACUCGGAGAAAGCCGAAGAGCGUAAACUCAAGGCGGAUAAAGAAAAGAAGGAGAAGCGUGAUGCCUCGCUGAAAAAUCUGAGCGCUGAGGAUCAGAGGAAGUUUUUGGAGAAGGAGCGGGAGAAGAGCCAGCGCAAGGGACAAAAGAAAAUGACGAUGAAGGCAUGAAUGAGCCUGUAGCUUACAGGGCAUUGUGCAGGACGUUGGUGCAUCAUGAUUGCGCUCACUAAAGCGAAAAGCGUCAGUCGUUGAGAGUGCCUUGCUUUUCUUCCGGAUUGUACUUCAAAAAAUUGUCAAUUGUAAUUGUAAUCUACUCGCAUGUACACAGUCUAGCGCUCAAUCAAAUCGUGUCCAUAUGCUCGUAC